AUGUCGCCUUCAUUCCUCCUUCGAUGCGACAGGCAAGAAGCAGACGUCAAGCGGCCCAUUGGCCACCUUACUCCUACUAAAGCGACAGGAAAUCUUGGCUCAAGCAGGGAUCUUUCGCCAGUCGCCUUUCCCAGUGUCGCACAGUUGAAGGCCACACUUUUGGUAAGCAGACGGAUUACUCGAGUACUUUGUAAAAGUUCUCUUCAGCAAAAUCUAUUCAGACAUACUCCUUUUCGAGGUUGCAACUUUAUGAAAAGAUGUACUUGUUUCCUGUACCUAUACCCUUUCUCCCCCUGA